CGGGUCCCCCCCGCCCCCCCUCACCCCCCCCACCCCCCCCCAUGCAGGUUUCCAUCGCCUGCACCGAGCAAAACCUGCGGAGCCGCAGCGCCGAGCGGGGAGGGGGAGGGGGGGGGGGAGGGGGGGGGAUGGGGGGUGGGGGAGGGGCAGGGGGGGUCCCCCCUCCACCCCCCCCUCGCUUUGGGGGGAGGGGGCAGCAGAGGGGGGGGAUGAAAGGGAUAAAGGGGGGAGGGGCUGCGGCGGCGGGACCGGCACCGAGAAGGGACCCCCCUGGCUCCGGCAUGAAGUACCGGAACCUGGGGAGGUCGGGGCUGCGGGUCUCCUGCCUCGGGCUGGGUGCCCGGGGGACGUUCGGGGCCGGGAUCUCCGAUGAGGAGGCCGAGCGGGUGCUGAGCGCAGCCUACGAAAGCGGGGUGACCCUCUUCGAUGCCGCCGAGGCCUCGGGCAGGGCAGAGGAGAUGCUGGGAAAGAUCCUGAGGAGCAAAGGCUGGAGACGCUCCAGUUACGUCGUCACCACGAGGGUCUUCUGGGGGGGGCAGGCCGACCGGGGGCUCUCGCGGAAACACGUCCUGGAGGGCCUCCGUGGGUCCCUCCAGCGCCUCCAGCUCGAUUACGUCGACGUCGUCUUCGCUGGGCCCCGCCCCGGCCCCGCCCACACCGAAGGGCUCGACCUGACCCUGCGCCUCCUGCGGCUUGAAGAGCUGGUGCGUGCCAUGAGUGACGUCAUCGACCGGGGGCUGGCGCUGUACUGGGGGACGGCGGGGGGGGCACCCGGCGACGUCAUGGACGCCUACGCGGUGGCCCGGCAGUUCAACUUGGUGGCCCCUGUGUGCCAGUGGGCGGAGCUUCCGCCGGAGCCCCGCCUCUUCCGGCAGAUCGCUGCCCCACGGCCGCCCCAUAGCCAAGGCCGUGGGGCGCCGGCAGCCGCUGAAGUUGGGGGAGCUGCAGCCGCUGGCCCAACGCUUGGGGUGCUCCGUGUGCCAGCUGGGCAUCGCCUGGUCCCUGCGGGCCGAGGGUGUCAGCUCCGUCCUGGUGGGGGCUGGGACCCCCCGACUGCUGCGGGAGCAGCUCCAGGCCCUGCAGGUUCUGCCCCAGCUCGGCCCCGCGGCACUGCACGAGCUCGAGACUGUCCUGGGAGAGGUGGCCCCGCCCUAGGCCCCGCCCCUCCCCUCCCAUUGGCUGUCUCCUGCAUGAGCCCCGCCCUCCCUCAGCGGUUGGCUCCUUGCUGCGCCCCUCGCCCCGCCCCUCCAGCGAAAGGAGUGUGGGCGGGGCCCCACCUGGCCCAUCCCUCCUCAUUGGUUGGUGGAGGGGGUGUGGCCAUAGAGCAUAGCCCCGCCCCCUGCCCUUCCCACAAUGCCUUGUGCCCCAGUGAGGGGGAGGAGCCAUGUUAAUUGACAGCAAUAAUACCGCCCCCCCACCAGGGGGUGGGGCCUUUUAAGCACAAACCCCGCCCCUCUUUGACCGUCCCUCCAAUCGCAGUGCUUCCAGUGGGGGCGGGGCCUCGCCAUGCCCCGCCCCUUCCCCCUCCCCCUCAGGUGGGGCAAUAAAGUGGCUUUUCC